GUCCCCAGGCUGCACCAUUAGCAACAAAAAAUGCUGGCCCUACUAUUCCUGAUGGCAUUUCUCUUACUUUCUGGAGCUGGAGCUGAGGAAAUCAUUGGUGGUGUUGAGUCUAGACCACAUUCCCGCCCUUACAUGGCCCAUCUGGAGAUCAGCACUGAGAGUGGGUACAAGGCCAGCUGUGGUGGGUUUCUCAUAACCCGCCAAUUUGUGAUGACUGCUGCACACUGUAAAGGAAGAGAAAUCACUGUCACCCUUGGAGCUCAUGAUGUGAGCAAGACAGAAUCCACACAGCAGAAGAUAAAAGUAGAAAAACAAAUCGUUCACCCAAAAUACAACUUCUAUUCCAAUCUCCAUGACAUCAUGUUACUGAAGCUUCAAAAGAAAGCCAAGGUAACUCCUGCUGUGGAUGUAAUUCCCCUGCCUCGUCCUCCUGACUUUAUCAAGCCUGGGAAGAUGUGCCGGGCAGCUGGCUGGGGACGAACUGGAGUGACAGAACCUACCUCAGAUACACUGAGGGAGGUGAAACUGAGAAUCAUGGAUAAAAAAGCCUGUAAAGGCUAUUGGCACUACGACUAUAACUUCCAGGUCUGCGUGGGUAGUCCCAGAAAGAUCAGAUCAGCAUACAAGGGAGACUCUGGAGGACCUCUAUUGUGUGCUGGGGUGGCCCAUGGUAUUGUAUCUUAUGGACGUGGAGAUGCAAAGCCCCCUGCAGUCUUUACCCGAAUCUCCCCAUAUGUGCCCUGGAUUAACAGAGUCAUAAAGGGCGAGUAGCUGAAAAGCCUGACCUGCAUGCAUCAGAGUCUCCAAGCCAGAGCUCUUCUGAUAACCCUUGGGUUCAAAAGCAUGUCUAUCCUGUCCCCUGCCUGUCCCCAGUUUAUCCCUAACUUGCCCCCAGCCCGUCCCCAGUCCAUCCCCAGCCUGUCCCCAGCCCAUCCCCAGCCCAUCCCAAGCCCGACACCAGCCUGUCCCCAAAACAAUCUCAAAAAUAAAGUCUGUGGUGAUGGAUUGUUCCCUGUAAUGCACCUCAGUAAAGACAUAAUCUCCAG